GGGGGAGACCGCGCUGACGCGAGUGCGUUCUAAAACGUAUAAGGGGCGGGGCCUACCAAGUGCUCCAGGUGACAACUGGUUCUUAAAGGGACCGUUCAGAAGAGACCCGCGUUUGGGGGCGGCUGUGUUCGUAAAUAUGGACUGACAGGGAGAAAACCCAUAAGCUCUUUCUGCCCUCCAUUGCCGUGACUGUUGCUUGCAGCUUUUUUGCAAUUAAUAGCAGGUAGAAAUUCAACAGCUCCUCCUGGACUUUGAACACUUCGGGGCGGAUCUGGUUCUCGUCUGCUGCUCCGUUUUAUUGAACCUAGUUUGUGGCCGACCCGAAAGACCAGUGCAUGUUGGCGCCUGCGUUUACCUGUUUGUUUAUUUAGGAUAUUUUUUUAUGCUGCAUGUCCAGUGUUACGUUUUGAGAUGUGCAUCAAUGUCUCAGCGAAGAAAAAGGAAAACAAAAGAAAUAAGCCACCGAUACAGCCCUCCUCCUGCAGAAAAAAGAAAACCAACAAGCUGCAAGCUUGCAAAGAAUUACAUCCUACCCCUUAAGGUGUCUCUCUGGGAUUCUCUAAACUCUUGCAGUUGGAGUGGAUUGAUUUUUCCUCUGCUUAUUUUUCCUUUAACUGAAGCACAGCUGCACUCAGUAGUCCAUCCCCGUGGACCAUAUUUACUCCAUAGCAAACCAUUAUUAUAGCUCCUCUGGGUUCAUUUAGAAAGACAUUUUCUUCUGUGUACCUGGCAAGUCCCAUGAGUAGAGCAGCAACAUUUGCUUAGUGGCUUUGAAGCCACAUCUGGCCUUUCUGAGCACCAUCGCCUAAUGUGGCAUCUUCCCUGAGUUUCCAGAAAACAGUAGUGAUAAUGGCACAGAUGCAAGGGAGAAGGUAUAUUAAAGCUUUUUUGAAAGGAUUUUUUGUUGCUGUUCCUGUGACAGUAACUUUUCUCGAUAGAGUGGCUUGCAUAGCAAGAGUGGAAGGUGCUUCAAUGCAGCCUUCUUUGAAUCCUGGAGACAAGCAAGUAUCUGAUGUUGUUCUUUUAAACCACUGGAGUAUUAGAAAUUAUGAAGUACAACGUGGAGACAUAGUGUCACUCGUGUCUCCGAGAAACCCAAAGCAGAAGAUCAUUAAACGAGUGAUUGCCCUCGAAGGAGACGUUAUCAAAACCAUCAGCUACAAAACAAAGUAUGUAAAAGUGCCUGAUGGCCAUAUGUGGGUCGAAGGUGAUCAUCGUGGACACAGCUUUGACAGCAAUGCUUUUGGCCCGGUCUCCCUUGGACUUCUGCAUGCUCGUGCUACCCAUAUCCUCUGGCCGCCAGAACAUUGGCAGAAAUUGCCAGCUAAGCUUCCUCCAGAACGCCAGCCUCUUCAAAAGGAGCGAGAAUGACCUAUAAGUACAUGGUGGGAAACGAAUGGUCAGUGAAAGGAAAAGGAAUUGAUUCUAAUCAAAGUUCUGUUAACGUAUACAAAUGUGCUGCUGCACACAUUGUAUUACUUGUUAGCACAAAUAUAGAUUUUUCUUAACCACAUUAAAUGGAGCAUAACCUGUUUUGAAGCAA